AUGUCCAACAUCCUGAGCAUUACCGGACGCGUCGCCAUCGUCACAGGCUCUUCGUCGGGCAAUGGGAGGGCCAUAGCGCUGGCGCUGGCCUCAGAAGGGGCAUCUAUCGUCUGCAGUGACUUGACAUCUGAGAUUCGAGCCGGCGGCUACGAGAAAGACCUGACUCCGACCCAUGACCUAAUCAUCAAAACCCACGGGCAAGGCAAGGCCAUUUUCCAACGGGCAGAUGCCAGCUCGGAAGAUGAUGUCAAACGUCUCGUCGAGUUGGCGGUUAAGACCUACGGCAGACUUGAUAUUAUGGUAAACAAUGCCGGUAUCUUCACGGGGCUGGCCAAUAUCGUCGAUGAACCCGUCAGCAGUUACGACAAGACAAUGGCCGUGAACGCCAGAGGCGUGUAUCUCGGCAUGAAGUUCGCCAUCACUCAGAUGAUGGAGCAAGAACCCCUACAGUCGGGAGAACGUGGAUGGGUUAUCAACAUCGCCUCAAUCGGAGGCCAAGUCGGUCUUGCCUUGGAACCCUCGUACUGUGCAAGUAAAGGAGCAGUUGUCAACCUCACACGUCAGGUGGCAGUCGACUAUGCUCCCCACAAAAUUCACGUCAAUGCGGUUUGCCCAGGCUUCCUGGCCACAGCAAUGGUCAGGCCCUUCCUGGAGAAGAAGGAGACGAAUGAAAUGCUCCACCAACAAAGCCCCUGGCCUCACCUCGGAACCCCAGAAGAUGUUGCAAAGGCUGUCCUCGUGCUGGCCAGUGAUGCCGCGAGUUGGAUGACGGGCAGUUUCUUACAGGUCGACGGUGGUUUCAUUGCACGCUGA